AUGACGCAGUCAGUUUGGGACAUAGCAAUACAACAGCACAAUCUGAAGAACAGUAAUCACCUUUUUGCAAACUCCCAAAUUGGGAAAAGUACAAUCAUUCAUUACUUCCUUGAUCGAGAAGACAAAGCGAAGCCAACAUUGGCUUUAGAUUAUACGUUUGGAAGGAAAUCAAGUGGAACAUUUUCGACGAAAUCUACGGUUCAUGUGUGGGAGCUUGGACGUGGCGUACGACUGGCCGACUUGAUUGACGCUACAAUCACACCAGACAGUGUAUGGUGGGUUUGUUUGUUUAAAUCUAACAACUACUUUAUUUAUAGGAGAUUUCACCUGAUUCUCGUGUUAGAUCUUUCGAAACCAAGGGAGUUGUGGCAAACCAUGGAGACACUACUCGGAACCGUAACGCGUCGUUAUGACCAGUUGUUUACGCGAAUCAACAAGAGAGACCUACCAGGAUCGUUAAAGUCAAAAUAUCGUGAACUUGGCGAGGUGCGAAAGACAUCCACACACCCAGACAAGGACCUGUUGAAUCCUUUUCCUCUCCCACUGAUCAUCAUUGGAAGUAAAUAUGAUCUUCUCGUGACCCAGCAACUGGAACAGCAGAAAAUGAUAUGUAAAACUUUGAGGUUUUUAAACCACUUUUAUGGUGGAUCCUUGUAUGUAAGUAGAAGAAUGAAAAUGCGAGUCGCAAUCAAGUUUGUUUCAGAGAAAGAGGAUUUACUGAUGAAGCGGAUUAAGGCCGUUCUUAACCACAUCGCAUUCGGUACCCCGGAACAGCGUGUGGUUCAGACAGAAGUUGGCAAACCACUAUCCAUCCCAGAAGGCGCGGAUUGCUUCUCAAAUAUUGGUGCUCCUCCAAACUAUGAACUGGAAGUUAGCCGCCUGACCAUGAAAACUCCCCUCGAAAUGUGGAAGGCUGUUUUUUGUGCCAGGUUUCCCCAGAUGACCCAGAAUGAACUGACCGGUCUCAAUUCAAUGGUUUUGGACUUGGCAACCGAUCCGGCUAAAGACCCACAAUACGCAGAGCCACUUGUGGACCGUGCAAGAGCUAUCAAAGAUGAGGAACUGGAACGCAUUCAACAACAGAACGAGAGACGAAUGCGCGAUCUCCUUCAACAAGCGACACUGGAUGGUGUGUUAAUUGCCUGAGCUAUUGUUGUUUCUUGUUUGAAUAAAGGCUG